AUGUUAUCUGAUGAAAAUACGAGACUCUUAGAAAGAAGCUCCAGUUUGCAAAUCCCUGCUUCAAGAGGUGGCUCUCCGGGGCCAAGUUCCAACAGACUCAAACGACCACCAUUGAUUGCAAUCCCCACAUCACAAUCGAUACGAAGCUUAAGAAGCAUGAAUAAUAUUAAUGAUCCGUUGGUUAACUCAUUUAUUUCAAAUAAGAGUAAAAAUGGUUAUUCCAGAGGUGAAAAUAGUGCUGCAGAUGAACUUGACGAGUCGAUCUUCAAAUCUAGGUUUUGGAACAAAUUUAGUCGGAACGAGGCAGACGAUUCGUUUGAUUUUUACUCGUACGUUUCAUAUUAUUGCCCAAUUUUAAAAUGGUUGCCCAAUUAUGACGCUAAGAAUAAUUUUUUGGGAGAUUGUUUGGCGGGUUUAUCACUAGCGAGUUUUCAAAUUCCGUUGGUCAUGUCGUUUAGUUUGUCUCUUGCUCAUCUUUCACCGGUUUCGGGUCUAUAUGGAAUCGUCAUCGGAGCAUGUGUUUAUUCCAUCUUGGGGUGUGUUCCUGUCUUGAUCGUGGGGCCGCUGCCGUCUACGGCUUUGAUCUAUGGAGAAGCCAUUGAUGCUAUAAGACAGUUUCCAAAUUUUGCAGAACUUUCUAAAUUGCAGAUCUCGUCUGCAAUUUCCGCAGCCAUGAGUGGCUUAUUACUCGGAGCUGGUAUAUUUCGUAUGGGAUUCUUGGAUAAUGUUUUAUCAAGGGCUUUAUUGAAAGGUUUUAUUGCAGCAAUAGGUUUCAUUAUGAUCAUCAACGAAUUAUCAACCGAGUUGGGUAUUGGUGAUUUGAUAUUAGACAAUCCAUAUCUGACGACUUUUGACAAACUCAUAUUUGUUUGUAAAUUUGCCCGCCAAUCUCACAUAUUCACCAUGCUUGUGUCAUGUAUCACGUUGGGCCUUGUUCUAAGCAUUAGAAAACUCAAAAACACAUUAAUAAAUAACUACCACAUAAGACAAGCGGUUCUCAUUCCAGAGCUAUUCUUAAUGGUCCUGGUUGCAACUUACCUCAGUUGGAGGUUUCAAUGGCAUUCAGAAUAUGGGGUUGAGAUAAUCGGUAACAUUCAGUCAUCUACACCUGGCUCGAAAUCUAUGGUUAAGUUCAUGAAUCCUUUUAAGUUAUCUUUAAUUCCAUUAUAUAGAAAAACAUUUUCAGCUUCAUUUUUAUGUACUAUAUUGGGCUACUUCGAUUCCACUAUAGCUACAAAGGCACUUGGAGCGAAAUACAACUAUAAUGUUUCAUCGAAUAGAGAAUUAAUUGCAUUAGGAGCUACUAACUUCGUGGUAAGUUUGGUAGGAGGAAUACCAGCAUUUGGUACUUUUGGCAGAUCAAAGAUUAAUAUUUUGUCGGGUGCUAAUACCCAAAUGGCAAGUUUAAUGAUGUCCAUGGUAACCGUCUUGGUAAUCAUAUACCUAUUGCCUUUGCUCUAUAAUUUACCCAAAUGUGUUUUAGCAUUGAGUACUACAAUUAUCGGUAUUACUGUGUUGGAAGAAGUUCCGUCUGAUUUAAAAUUCUUCUGGAACAUCGGCGGAUAUGACGAAAUACUCACCUUUUUAUUUAUUUUCUGCACCACAAUUCUAUGGAAUGCUGAAGCUGGUGUUUUAUCUGGUACUGCAUUUGCAAUCAUUAGAAUUAUUAAGCAUAGUACCAGAUCCCGGAUUCAAAUAUUGGGUAGAGUUCCAAACACCGCAGUGUUCCGUAAUGCGGACGAAUUAAUAGAAGAAAGCUUUGUAACAUAUGCUAAUGAUUCCGACUCCAUGAACCAGGAAGGAACAAGCAGCGACAUAGAGGACUCUACUGACAAAUUGAUGAACUUGAUAGCCGAAAUUGAGGAAAUCGAAGGGGUCUUGUAA